CAAAAGCUCAAACUUCGUUAUAGUGCCCCCCCAGAUUGCCUCAUUGGCUAGCUCGGGCGGGCGAUCCCCGGCCGAAUAUCUCCAGCCCGCCCGCGCCCGGAGCCAUGGCCCCCGGCGGUGCGCCCAGCGUGCCUGCGCCCGGCUCGCCUGCCUCCGCGGCCGUGCCCCUGCCUCUGGGCCUGCUCCUCAGCGCGCACGGGGGCCCUCUCGCCGCACCCCCCGGCCUCGCCGACGCCUCCUCGGCGGCCGCGCCCCCCACCCUCGUCGACGCCUCGGCUGCGCGCCGGGCCAAGCGCGAGCGGGCACCCCUCUGUGGGCCCUCGCGCGGCGGCGCCGGCGGCGCGCCAGCGGGCCGCGGCGGCGGUGGGCUCGCCGAGGGCGGGGCGGAGGCGGGGCUGCCGAAGCCACUUGGGGUGGAGCCCCGGUGGUGGGCCGCCAGCCUCGCCGACGCCUCGUCCGCCGCGCCCCCCGUCUUUGACUCCCUGCUCGCCGCGCCCCCCGGCCUCGCCGACGCCUCGGCCGAGGCACCCUCCAGCCUCGUCGGCGCCUCGGCUGCGGGCAGGGCCGAGCGCGAGCGGGCACCCCUCUGUGGGCCCUCGCGCGGCGGCGCCGGCGGCGCGCCAGCGGCGCGCGGCGGCGGUGGGCUCGCCGAGGGCGGGGCGGAGGCGGGGCUGCCGAAGCCACCUGGGGUGGAGCCCCGGUGGUGGAGCCAGUCUCAGCACGGCGAGCUGCUGUGCCCGCUCUCCGAGUUCCCCACCUGCUGCCGUACCCGCCCUUCAAGCUGCGCAUGGGGCGCGGCCGGGCGUGCCCGCACCGGCUGGUGGACGGCAAGCACCUGGCGCUGCAGCUGAUCGUGGGGGGCGCCGCCGGCCUCGAGGUCUGCGGCCGCGCCCUCCAGGCCUCGGACAUCGCCGCCCUCGACGAGUACGUCCACCGCUGCAAGCUGGGGCCCUUCCGGCCGGGGCGAGCGAUGGAGCUGCAGAGGGCAGCCGACGCCGCGGGCUCCCCCCUCGAGCGGGCCAGCGCCCGCGAGCACCUCGAGCGCUUCUGCAGCUCGGCCCGCGCGGAGCUGGGGCGGCUGUGCCGGAUCCAGGCCAGCCGCCUGCGGCAGG